GGAGUUCAUGUCAGUCUUCACGCGAACUUUCCAGUCAGACUCGCGCUAUCUCGCGUCGGACUCGUGCGUUCUUGCAUCGGGCUUGUGUGUUGAGAGACUGUGGCUUUGGGACAGGAUGUAUAAGAGGAGGAAGGGUGAAGAGGCUGGGUGGCUACAAUUCAACAAUUCAGCAUCAAGCACUCCAACCGGCAAUUCCCAUCUUUAACACGCUUCGCCAUUCUUCAUAUUACGAAUAAUUACUUAAAUUCCUCGCCGUCCUACAAGUCAAAUUAAUUUCUAUUCCAACAAUGUCUGCCUCUAAGCAAACAAUUGCUUUCUUUGGUGCAACAGGCGGCUGCGCGUGUGCAGCCUUGGCCGCUGCUCUUCGAAAUGGACAUACAUGCACAGCUCUUGCCCGUACGCCGGACAAGCUUCGGAAUAUGCUAACUACAACCCAUUUGAUCCCAGCCACAACCCUGGAUUCCCAGCUCACCAUUCACGCUGGCGAUGUGAAAGACUCUUCUGCAGUGCAAAAAGUACUCACUUUACCUUCAAAUCCCUCCGUCCUCGUUGACACUAUUCUCUUCGGCGUGGGUUCAACGCCCGCACUGCAAUGGUCGAUCAUGCAACCUGUCACCCUCACCGACCCAACCCUCUGUGAAGUCGGCAUGAGCACCGUCCUCUCCACACUGUCUUGUCUGACAGAAUCAGGGGUCUCCACCACGGCGUACGGGAAGAAGCCAUUCAUAAUUACCAUCUCAACCACCGGUAUAAGCGAUGGGAAGAGGGAUGUUCCGUAUCUCUUGUAUCCUCUGUAUCACUGGCUGCUCCAGGUUCCACACGUAGAUAAGAAGAAAGCGGAACAGCUUCUAGUAAAUGACAAGGGCGCUAAUAGCCGCGACUUCGUUAUCAUCAGGCCCACCCUUCUUACGGAUGGAGCGGCACGAGGAUUGGGUAAAGUCAGAGUGGGCUGGGAGUGGGGGGUCAGGAAGGAGACGCAAGAGAAGGAACUGGGGCCGGCAUUGGGGUGGACAGUUGGUAGGACAGAUGUAGGAGAAUUCAUUUUUAGGGAGGUAGUCGUGAAGGGGGGCUGGGAGGGAAAGUGUGUUACUUUGACAUACUAAUGCAACGUUGGACGAGGGGUUUCGGAGCAGAGGGGCCUUGGGUAUUUCCUUGG